GUACGUAGGAUUAACAGUGGAAAUUCUCAGCAAAAGUGCUUAGAUGAUGAGAAAAUUCCCUGUCAUCAGAAAAAAUGUUUUUUUUUUUAUUUUUCAGGAUAUUUUGGCCAUAUACCUCGAAUAUUGGGAUUUGGACAACCUUCAUGUUUUUGUUGAUUUCAAUUAAAAAGUUCAAAGUUCUUUAGCCGUGUGGACUUCGAAGUUGUUUUGUCAUCAUUUUUUUAUAUAUUGUUCUGAAAUCGACUUGAUCGACAGAGUUAUUCAGUGAUCGUUAUUACAAUGCUGCUAUAUCUUUGAUAUUCCAUGGAGUUUUUAUUUGUUUUUCAAUGAAACGGAAAAAUUUUCUACUAAAUUUACAUGUCGUCAUAUCGUAAAAAAAAUUUGGUCAUGCGAACACAGCUGCAUGUUGACUCGGUCGAUAUUUCCCUCAAGUGUGUGUGCGAAUGGAAAAGUGUGAACUAACCUUAUACAUUUUCGAAACAGACUUCAAAUUUUUAAGAUUUUUGGAAAGAUCAAAUAGUCUUCCUCUUCGUAAUUCUUUGACAGAAUAAUUAACACUUUUUGGUUUCAAAUGUCAUUACAUAGUACAGUCGAUUUUUAUCUAUCAAGCCAACAGAUGGAUCCUCUUAGAAGUUGGAAGUGUACUUCUUAGAGGAUGGAUCAGUCGGUAUAUCGCAACUGUGGGUGCGAGAGAGAUAGCUUGAGAUGUUGGUGCGAGGCAGCCAGCAUUGAAAAGAGAGUAAGGAUCGCUCGUCCCCUCGUAUUGUUUGGCUACUUGUCAAAUUCAUGGAACGACUUGAGUCCAGAAAAACCAUUAAUCGAUAAUGUGAUGACUAAACCUAUGUUCAGUUUCUUAUUUACUCGAUUUGUUAAUCCAGCAAAUCCUGUGGUGAAAGACGAUGAUUGUCCUUGUAGAAUUUUGCCAUCAAAAUGUCCGCUAGUGAAAGUGGAAAGUGUCGGAGUUGUCAAAGAUAAUCUGGAAACGAAAACAUUGAAUAACGCUGCGUUUCUACUUCUACCGCAUGAUGACGAAGUUUUAAUCGACACUGUAUGCGGACCACUGAUACCUGAAAUGAACAUUGCUCACUUUCCUAGUCAGGAUGACUAUGAGGAUUAUAACUAUACCUGUUCCAAACAGUGUAUGAAAAAACUCGCAGAUUAUCCUUAUAAAAAAAACAAAGUCAAAUGCCUCGUGUUUUUGUCAAAUCAAGAUGUCAUAGGUGCCGCUUCACCAACUCAAUUAGGUAAUCGACAGACGUUUUCAGGCUGCAUAGUACACGACUUGAAAUUCUGUAAAAACAGUGGGGAAGAAAAGUUUUGCAACAAAUCUCUCAAAUGGAUCGCGAUAUUAAUAUCCGGUCCGAGCGUACGAAGUUGGACCGCAAUUUUACCUUACGCCUUACGCACGAAAGCAAAAGUUUUGGAAAAACUGGAAAAAUUGCGACAGAAAGUAGUACUGCAAAAACACAGCAUGGCCUUUAUGUUUGCGUGCGAAGGUCGUGGUGAAAGGAUGUUUCGUGAACCCAACGUAGAGGCAAGCGCCUUCAAGCAAUUAUUCCCGGAUGUCCCGUUGGUCGGUUGUUCCGGAGUCGGCGAAUAUGGCAACUGUUCCAUCGACCGCUCGUCGGAAUUCCAUCAUCAAUAUUCCACGAUCUUUAUGAUUGUGACUUACGGACGACUUUCGAAGAAAUCUUGAUAAAGAUGUUGAAUCAAAUAAAAGUACAACGAUACAAAACCUGGAAAACACUUCGAGGGGAAUUGCAUGGGCAAAUAAUUUUAAAACAUGAGUGGUUCGUAGAACGGGAAAAAAAUCUGUUUAAUUAAUAAAAAUAUUGUAUAUAAACCUA